CCUUCAAGGCGCGUUUAGUAGCUAUAUAAAAGCUCUCCUUCUAUUAGAGCUCACUGGUCACAUCACGAAGCUGUUCUCACCAGGGAGCUGGUCCUGCCGAAGCCUCACCGAGAUGUCGUGCUACCUACAGCAGUGCCACCCUCCAGUCUACCAGGAACCCAUCCCCAUCAAGUGCCCUCCGAUGUACGGUGCCAGAUACCCACAAGUGCCUACCUGGCACUCCACGCUGUGCAUCCCACAGUACGUGACGCCCUGCGUCCCCCGGCAGCGGGUCAUGUCCUCCAGCUUCUCUGAACAGCAGUGUGUGACCAAGUGCGUGCCACGGCAGCAGCACGCGACCAAGUGUGAGACCCAGCGCAUCCUCCAGGAGCCGUGUGUUCCUCGCUGCGUGACAACUUGCGUGCCGCAGCAGCAGUGCGCCACCAAGGGUGCGUCGCAGCAGCCUUGCGUGACCAAGUGCGUGCCACAACAGCGUGCGACCGCCUCCCAGCAGCAAUGUGCCACCAAGUGCAUCCCCCCGCAGCAGUGCGCCACCAGGAGAGUGACCACGUGUGUGCCGCAGCAGCCGUAUCCCACCAAGGGCAUCCCCCAGCAGCAGGGUGCCACCAAGUGCGUCCCACAGCAGUGCGUGACCACGUACACUCCGCAGCAGCACUGUGCGCCCAGGUGUGUCACCACCUGCGUCCCGCAGCAGCGUGCCACCAAGGGCGUCUCGUACCGGUUUGUGACCUCUUGUGCCCCGCAGCAAUGUGCCACCACGUACAUCCCACAGCAAUAUCCUACCAGGUGUGUGACCAAGUGUAUCCCACAGCAGUGCGCCACCGACUCGCCCACUAUUUGUGUCCCGCAGCAGUGUCAGACAACUUGUGUCCCGCAGCAGCCGUCUGCCACCAAGUGUGUCCAACAGCCAUGUGUGACCAAGUGUGUCCCACAGCAAUGUGCCACCAAGUGUGUCCAACAGCAGCCGUGUGUGACCAAGUGUGUCCCACAGCAGCAGUGUGUGACCAAAGGUGUCCCACAGCAAUGUGCCACCAAAUGUGUCCCACAGCAGUCGUGUGUGACCAAGGGUGUUCCACAGCAGUGUGAGACCAAGUGCGUCCAACAGCAGCCGUGUGUGACCAAGGGUGUUCCACAGCAGCAGUGUGUGACCAAAGGUGUCCCACAGCAAUGUGCCACCAAGUGUGUCCCACAGCAGCAGUGUGUGACCAAGAGUGUCCCACAGCAGUGUGCCACCAAAUGUGUCCCACAGCAGCAGUGUGUGACCAAGGGUGUCCCACAGCAGCAGUGUGUGACCAAGUGUGUCCCACAGCAGCAGUGUGUGACCAAGAGUGUCCCACAGCAGCCGUGUGUGACCAAGGGUGUCCCACAGCAGCCGUGUGUGACCAAGGGUGUCCCACAGCAGCCGUGUGUGACCAAGGGUGUCCCACAGCAGUGUGCCACCAAAUAUGCCCCACAGCAGCCGUGCCAGUCAGGUGGAGUAAAAAUCUCGAGUCAUUCUAAAAAGUACUGCUCUGCAUCCAAAUGGCCCUGGUAAAAAGGUCCACAGAAAAGGAGUGAGGUACAGCUUUGGGACAGGGGUUAUUUAUCUCCUUGUAUUACCUGCCGACUUGUUCCUACUGCUUCGGUCUGCUUUAUCUCUCUUUUCCAGUGCUUGCCUCGCAGCUCAGCUCUGUUUUGGGCCAGGGGGUGAUGCUAUUUCCGUGGUUGCGCUCCAGGUGCCUGUGGCUUGUCCUUAACCUGCUACAAGCCAUAGUUUAGUGGGAUGCUAUUAAAUUCUCCCCUAAUUAAAAUGAAUAAUCAUUUAAAAAGAAUUAAGAGAAAAAAAGAAAUAGGAAUGUCUAAGGAGUCCAGAUCACGACAGCACCAAGAGGACUCAGUGUGUGGCGGGCGGAGGGCUGGCCCCUGCCCGGCUCCGAGUCCAGUCCUGGCCUUGGGAGAUAAUAUUCCGGUUAACUUGGAUUCCACAAAGCUGCGGGUUGUCCAUAACAUGUUUCCUAGAUUUUGGAAGCUGAAUGCAAAUUUGCUAAGCAAACAGAAUCUUCCUCCAGUGGCCUUCAUUUCAGAAGGUGGCCAGAAAUCUCUGUGGCUUUAAAACUCUGCGUUGACUUCAACCUGGACCAGAGAGGAUUUCUGGCUUGGUGAAGCUGAAAUGUUAUAUAUGAGUGUUUUCAUUCACUUGGUUGCUUUAAUGAAGACUGAAAACACAACUUGAAACAAAAGAAAGUCUUUGCAAUAACACUGAAAGCUGUAGCACGACUAUUUUGUAAAUAUUUAAGCUAUAAAAGCCAUUAACCGUGUUCUUUAUGCUGCCUGAAGAUGUGUACUCUACACUGCACUGAAACCAAACCAUAUACGCGUAUGUAUACUUAAAUAAAUAUAUUUGUCUGA